AUGAGGAAAGGACAGAACAAAUCGGGACAAAAUAAAACAGAACAUGAACAUGAACAUGAACAUGAACAUGAACAUGAACAUGAACAUGAACAUGAACAUGAACAUGAACAUGAACAUGAACAUGAACAUGCACAGGAACAUGAACAUGAACAUGAACAUGAACAUGAACAUGAACAUGAACAUGAACAUGAACAUGAACAUGAACAUGAACAUGAACAUGAACAUGAACAUGAACAUGAACAUGAACAUGAACAUGAACAUGAACAUGAACAUGAACAUGAACAUGAACAUGAACAUGAACAUGAACAUGAAACAUAUAUAGAUCAAUUUAGAUGGAAAGAGAGGAGAGCAAAGAAAGAAUUAAAAAAGAGCAAGAAUAUUGUGAAAAUUGGAGUUAAAUUUCAUAAUUUGAAUUUGAAAUUCCUAGAUACCAACGAAUGUUUAACCAAUCCCUGUCAUGUUGCUGCUACAUGUAAAAAUACAAUUGGUGGAUUUUUGUGCGCGUGUAAAGAUGGCUACAGUGGCAAUGGACUGCUCUGUACAGGUGCACAAUUAUUACUUCAACAUUCUGCCAGACUUUAAAGUUUGUUUCACGGUAACUAGGUUUAAUAUCAGUCCUGUUUUCGCUCGCUACUCUACUUUUUAAGUAAAUAAAUGCAAAUUCGUCUGGGUUUUGCAUUCAUUUACUUAAACUGCGAAACAUAACUGAUUCUGCAAGACGUUUGUUACAUAAUGCUAUUAUCGUAUGUGUUAUAAUUAUAGAUAUCAACGAAUGUGUGGCAAUCCCAUGUCACCGUCAUGCCACCUGCACUAAUCUACCAGGAAGCUACCAAUGUGUUUGUAACAUUGAUUACAGUGGAAAUGGAUUCAAUUGUGGUAUGUACACCAUUUUGUUAAUCGAUAGUGGAAAAUUUUAUUGCACUAUAAAUUGCACAGUCAUUAAUUGAAAGUACUAUAGCCAUGUCAUAUAUUUAACAAUUAAAUUACAAGCUCGAGAUUUCUAUGAGUUGAUAAGGACGAAACUCAAAUCAACUAUCACUUCAUAUAAAAACGAAAGCGAGUAAUCUGAUUGUUUUAAUAUAAUUAGAGUAAAGAAUCAAGUGCGUCCUCAGAAACCUUAGAAAUACGCGAGCCGGAAGCUAUUUUCUUAAAUUAAUGCGCCAGGAAAAUUAUUGUUUUGCUAUUCUCGCUAUAUCUAUCGAUGGAUAGAUAGCGAGCAGAGUAGCCAAUCAAAUUACAGCAUUUGCAAUAGUGAUGAAGAUAAAGUGCUAUUAAAUUACCGCUUAAUAAAUGGCCGAAGCUUUAUUUUGGAUGAAACGAUGGUUGUUUUAAUAACAUCCAGUAAAAGGAGAAAAAUUGUGUGACAAAUUUUUCUUCUCUUAUUGAUACUUAUAGACAUUGAUGAAUGUCUUCAAAACACGGAUGACUGUGCAGAUGCCCCAUCAGGGACAUGUAACAACACAAUUGGAAGUUAUAUUUGCACUUGCAACCCAGGAUAUACUGGAGAUGGAAAGACUUGUGUUGGUAGGUUUUUCAACAUGUCCUCUCCAACUUGUUAUUAUAUUGAAAACAGAGUUAUUUCAUUUGCAACUUCAGGUUAUUUCCGUCAGCUUUACUAACAUUAACAUACGUUCUUUAAACGUACGUUAAAUGUUCACAGCAUAGCCAUGGUUUAGCUUUGUGAACAUAUUUGGUGCGUUACUGUAACAUUUAGAAGGUUUUGAUCAUACCCCAAACGUAACUCAUGUAACCCCAAAAUUCAAUUCAAAUGCACAAUUUGUGCGAAGCAAAAUGGUUAAAUGGCGGGGGCAAAAAUCACUAAAAAAUUAUUUUUACGACAAUUUUGAGAAUAGGCUAUAUAAAUAAAUGCCAUUAUUAUAGGUCUACAUUAACUCUUCACUCGUACAUUUUUGGAACAUAUUUGUUGGAUAUCUAUUAGUUUUAAACAUUGCAUAUGCAGUCAUGCAUGUAUUUGUUUUGUAGUAAUUCAAUAAAAAAAUGUAAAAAUCGAUAACAUGAACAUUGAUUUAUUUUGAUGUAAUAUAAAACAAAUAAUGAAUGUUUUCGUCCGUGCGAUAGCAAGCAUGCAUAUUUGAGUCAUUCGGUGAAAGAUGAAAUUUUCCAUUUCGAUCACUCCCCUUGUGGAAAGGAAAAUUUCAUCUUUCACUUCAUGAAAAUAUUUUUGCCAUUGUAUUCAUAAACAUUCAUUAUUUGUACAAUAGCGUAUUUGUACAAUUUAAUGAUGCACUUGGAUUUAUUUCAACAGACAUGCAGUUGUCAAAUGAAUGCUAUGUAUUUAAAUACUUCACUGAUAUUACUGUAGACAUAAACGAAUGUGAGUUAACUCCAUGUCACCUGAAUGGGAUUUGCAACAACACAGAUGGUAGUUUCAACUGUGUGUGCAAACAAGGAUUUUCAGGAGACGGCUUCAAAUGCGAUGGUAAGUUAAUUGAGUUUACAGGGAAAAUCCUAGUGUAACUACACAUGAAUUUUGAGCAUGAAUUCAUUUUAAAAUCCCAACGGCAGUUUGAAAAACUUUAAUAACUUUACGCGUCCAUGGAUUCCAGAGUCAUCUGUUAUGCAUGUGCGACAUCGGUAGCUUUCGAGUAUCAACCAUUCAUUGAAUAGCGAUAAUUCAGUAAUAAUUAAUUGUUUUAUAUUAAUAAUUGUGUUGUUGUCAAAUAGCAAUUCCCUUUUGAUAAUUGUUUGUUUAUAUAUUGCAGAAAAAAAUUGUCAGUAUCAUUUUUCUUUCCAGACGUGAAUGAAUGCGUUAGCUCGCCAUGUAAUGACUCUUUUCGAAAAUGCGUAAACACACCAGGAUCGUAUGGGUGUGUUUGUCAACAUGGCACUGCAAGAGAUCAAGUGACAUGUAAAGGUAGGAAUCGGCAUCACAUACAAUGUACAAUAUAACAGCAUAUAUAUAUACUAAUAUGUUUGAUAAUCCUUAAUAAGGUUUACAUACCUUACUUCCAUAUUUCCAUGCAACAGGAAUGUGUCUAGAAGAAACAACUGGUGAAAAUGUUGCACAAGGGAUAUUUUUUUGGAACAUUACAACGGGUGACCGUGUUAUUUUUUCAAACUGUCCUUAUGGGGGAAACAAUCACUCUUCGGGUCUGCGUGACUACUUGGCGAGUCGACAUUGUCAAUGCAACGAUAAUGCAUGCCAAAGUCCACAUUGGCUUGAACCCGACACUUCACAAUGUAAAUACAGAGUGUUCAAUGAUUCAGCAACUACAGACGGUUUGUCAAUUCUCUUACAGGUAUGAGAGGAAUCAACAAACUUGUUGUUAUUAACAUACAGAGAAUUCCAAACUAUGCAACCCCCCCCCCCACCCCUCUAUAUUUUGUACUUUUACUAUAUUUUCCGGCAUAGAAAUUUCAGGUUUUUACACUGUAUGGAAUAACUAUCAAUUCAGGUCAACACAUUGUCAUUGAUAUUUAAGUGAUCAAAAUAAAUUUGGCGGUUUCUCUUUUGCUACCCUGUUUUUUGCCUUCUUAACAUUAGUUCUUAUACCUAAUGAAAUGUUGAUGAUAGUGAACACAAAUUAUCAGCUUUAUUAGUAGGUGGGUGGCGAUUUCCUUUAAACGUAUUGAAACAUAACAUAAUGUCUCUAAUUUAAACAAAUGUGAAAAUUGGUGUCGCCACCAUAAGCGAUUCUAGUAGCCGAACGGUUGGUUAUUUUGAUCCGUCAAAUAUUGGUGGAUUGAAUUUAUGUGUUACUAGUUAUUACUGACACCUAAACCUGAAACCUAGAUCUGUUAAAACUAAUGAAUACCACAAAAUAAAGUGGGAGGGGGCAUUUGUUUAAGUGUUAAUAUACUAAUUGCUAUAUAUGUAUGCGCGUGAACAAUAACAGCAUUUUGAAAUAUCAUGAGCAGUAGGGCAAGAAAAACAGAUUCUACCUGUGUAAUACUAUAAUCGUUUAAAUUCACAUCAUUAUUUUUUUACAAUAAAAAAAUAGUGCCGAGACAUGCAAUAAAAAUAUUGAAGGGUAACACAAUUGCAUGCCUUUAUAUUUUUAGGACAUAAAGCAGAAUAGCACUACAGCAAUAAAUGCAAGUAUCCGAGUGGUAAAUUUAACAACUGAUUUCAAGAAUUUUGGAAAAGAAGAUAUCUCGUUGACCACCUCAAUUCUGGAAAAUAUUGUUGGAAAAAAAGAAUUUUUGAAUGAGGUGGUGUAAUAUACUCGUAUGAAAUCAUGUGAUCGUGAUAGAGUCAAUUUGCUGAGCUCAUGCAUGUUCACUGUUCAGUGAAAUGACGAAUUUUGCAGCCUUAUCGAUGAAACCUAACUUGACAAAGCAGUUAAAAUAUCCUUGAAGUAUUAUAUUAUUAUUCAGGCAAAAUUACUGCAGCUAUAAUUUCUUAAAACAAAUUUAUUGUUAUUUUUUAGACAAAUAUAUUCAACCUAAUGUGCAAAGAGUUUAAACCCGUUAAUUUUUGUUCUGAUCAAAUCACGUUUCCACAUAUUACAAUUUUAACUGGGGAAUUUUUUCUUUAGACUGGCACGAAUAUCAUUAAGGCUGUUGACAACUUCUUAAAUGUCGAUCCUGUCAUUCUUGCUCAAAAUCAACGCACUGCUAAUUCGUCUGCAAG